UUUCAAUUCACAAUUUGUACAAUUCACUCUACACUAGGAAUUGAAAGUUCAAAAAAGCUGAAUUUAUUUGAAAUAUUUUGUAGCAUUGUAUAUAAUGUCACUUUUGCUCAAUUUAGCAUCCAGACAGAUAGACAGACAGACAUACAGAUAGAUAGAUAGAUAGAUAGAUAGAUAGAUAGAUAGAUAGAUAGAUAGAUAGAUAGAUAGAUAGACAGACAGAGAUAUACCUCUGCUUCAGAUGUCUGUUUGUGUGUAAUUAUCACAACUAAAACUGUAACUUCAGCUUUGGCACAGCAGAAUAAUCCGCACAUACCCAUGGUUUCUGCCUCCAGUGAACAGGGAGAGCAGUGUUGUGUGUGGUUUGAAGGCGGAGGCUGAAGAGGACAGUAUAGAGAGCAUGGACAAUGAGAGCACACCACUGAGGAGAUCCAGAGGCCCCAGUCCCCUCAGUGACAGUAUGGUAGAGUAUCACACAGUACACUUUCACACUUAGUGGAGAGGAGUACAACAGGGCUGUAAAUGUAAUGUAAAUGGUAAGUAAACCGUCUGUGGCAGUCGGUUUAACUCAUAUUAAAUGUAUACAUUUACACAAGCACUAUUUAUAAGUAAAUAGUGCUUUAAAAUGCUCCCACAAAUUGGUUGAUUUCUUUAUACAAUUCAUUUUACUCCCUAAUAAGAGGUGAUAAUAUAUGUGGAUUCAGUUCUGUUGGUAAUUAGACAGUGAAUGCAGGCAUGCAAUGAUCAAUGCUGUGUAUUUUCUACUAGAUGUCUGAGGCGAAUGAUGAAGCUCUUAUUAAUGAAGUCACACAUGAAAUACCACAUGAUUCACACGAGAGAGCGUCUUUUCAACUGAGCUCUAUGGAGCGGAUUUGCAAAGAACUCUGGGAGAGAUUCUUGCAUACUGUCAGGUUACAUAUGGAGCCAUUCUGAAACUCGAUGAGAAGUUUGAGAUGCUCCAGGCAAAAGUAGCAAGCAUCCAGAGCAGUCAUCAAAAUCCAGCUGUCUACUCUCAGAGAACGUAUUUGUCAUCCAGCUACAGAGACAGCUGCCAGGCCAAGUCUGAAGCCUCACUUGGUUCUGAAGCGUCUAUGCCCCACCUCAUUCAUAUUUCCUCUACAUCUCCCCUUCCAUCUGAGGAGAGCAGGAAACCUCCUACACUCUCCCCCGGCCCAGAGGUGCCCAGCCCUCCUCGACUUGUUAUCCAGAGCCAGUCCCACACCUUGGUCAAGGCCACUGCCCCAACCCACACAACACAAGCACCUUUCAUCAGGAAUAAGAUGAGUCUAAUGCAGCAUCUUCAGCGAGUGAAGAGACCAGCUGAAACAAGCUCAGAGACCAGUGACCCUGCUUUAACUGCAGAUCUGACGAGUAAUACAAGUUGUCUGGGCAGCUCUGACAGGAAGGUGUUCGUCUCAAACUGUAUCCUACAGAGGGCUGGCAAAAUGGCACGACCCAGUGCAGCGGUGCGGUACCUGUCCAGAAACAUCUUCACAGUGGAGGAACUCUCUCAAAGCAGCACCACUGGAAACACAAAGAGACGCCUAAAGAGACUCGACCCAAACAAGAUCAGUGCCAUCAGAGAAUGGGCGGUAAAGAGAUACUCCAAAUUUGACCUUCACGAGAAAGGCAAAGACUGGAAAAUGUGUCUGUCUGUGAUCAACUCGACGGCCCGCUACUAUCGGUUCAUGGACAAGACACGGAGGCUGAAGGUGAAGGAAAAAGUGAACCCUCAGAACAGAACGACAGAUUCAUUUGCAGCAGCUGCAGAGAUUGAUGUUGAACUGUCUGACAGCGACACGGAGCAGAAACAGCUGGAAACGCCGAUGAGCCACAUCACAGAAGAUCACUACACAAACACAGACUGGGAACCCAACAGCGUGUAUCUGGGCCCCCCUCAUCGGGAUGUGAAGGUUCCUGAGUUUGCCUUGUCUGCAGCACAUCUGCGAACACGUCCUGAACUCAUCGCUCGAUACCUCAUUAAGUUCAUCUUCCCAGAGGAUGUCCUGGUGCGCAGCAAUGUGUACGGCGGGAUGCGGCGUGGCAUUCAGGCCCUGGACCACAACAAGAUCUCUGCGCUCCGAGUUCUCUGUUCCUGCUCUUCUUCAGAGCACCUGCUGGAGCGCUUUCCCUGGAUGAGGCUGGAGGAAGACGGAAGCGACUGGAAGGUUUGCGUGGGCGCUAUAAACAGUACCAUACGCAAGUUUCGAUAUGAGCGCAAGAUGGGCAUCAAGAGAGGGAUACGCUAGUACGGAGUAUCAUUUGGAGAGGUGUUUGUACACGGUGACUGUUUGUGUCAAGAAAUGCUGUCAGUAGCUGUUACUGUGUGUUCUUCUAGAAUGAGAUUAGUAUUUCAUUUAAUUUGUGAUUUUACUGGUUUGUUCUAUAUAUAUAUAUAGAUGUUUGAGCAAAAAUUGUUAAUAUAUGUAUUGUGAACAAAAUAAUUGUUAAUAUAUUAAGUUUUCAAAACUUUUCUCUCUAAUGAAACUUAGCAGCUAUAGAAAAGAGAGAAAAAAAAUUGACAGCUGUUGUCAAAACAGGUAUUUGCACUUCAGUUACGUACAUAGUGUCAGUUUAGAUGAUUGAGUGAAGUGAAUAAAACAGGUUUAGGUUAACAAGUCACGUUGCACAGAGUAUGAGUGUCAGAUCCUCCGGAGUAUGAACUAUCACUUCUUGUGUCACAAACCUGAAAUGAAGCACAGUAGCAAUUAUUAAUCAGUGUUUUUUGCCCCUUCAAUUAUUGAUGGAGAAAACAUUUGGCAGGUGAAAUAAGUGCUAGUAGAAAACUAGUAGACACAUGUAAAAUAAAAUCUAGUUUUAAAAACAUGAA